AGAAACGAAACCUACCUGAAAGAAAACAAUGAGAUUGACAUUUGACAACAGGGACAGCAGCUCUUUUCGCUGUUGUCUGUGUUGUCAUGUUCGGACUGGAACUGUCCUUCUUGGUGUCUGGCAUUUGCUAGCAAAUUUGAUGGUGGUCACUUUCCUGGUAUACUCAUCAGUCAACCCAGAUGUCUUGAGGCCUACACUGCAGAAGUGUGACACUGGGAUUCAAAACCAGCAAGAUUAUGAGUUGGUGGCGUUUGACAAUGGCAGUGGCUUCAAAGUGGCUGAGGUAGAUCCUUACAUCAACCGGAUGACCAAGGAGGAUCUAUGUGUGGGAUUUGCCAUUACACUAUGUACACUGACUGUUACUCUCUUCCUGCUGUAUGGUACAAUCAGAAACCGCCCAGGAUACCUCUUGCCAUUUUUCUGUCUGCAAGUGUUUGAUUUCUGCCUGUCCUGUCUCACUGUGGUUGGAUAUUUCUCAUAUGCUCCAAACUUCAAAGUCUGGCUCAAAGAACAGGGAUUGUCAUGUAUGCCUGGUCUGGAAAAUGUAGCCAACAUCCAGGGAGAUUGGUUGAUGUUGCUCUGUCUUCUCUUCCUUGUCCUUUUCCUCUCUCUAAAGGCCUACCUGAUCAGCAUGGUGUGGGCAUGCUAUAAGUAUCUGCAGAUGAGACUGGUACACCGUUCCUCAGUGCGCGAGUACACCAUUGAUCCUGACACUGAGGUAUGCGGAAGCAACAAGAUGCUCCUUCCACCAAAGUAUGAGGAGGCCAUCAAGAUGCCUGUGGAUCAGACCCCUCCUCCUCCUUACUCUUCAACUUAAACCAUCCAAAUCCAGAUUUUGACUUUGGGUGAGGGAAGGAGCUACAUCAUAAAAAUAUGAUCAUUUGGGAUCCUCAAUACCAUGAACCAGCUAUGAAUGAUGUGAAUGGAGAGACAUGAAUUUGAUAUUUAUGACUGUUUGUAGGAAGCAGGAGAAGGAAACUUUUGAAAAAACAGUACUAAAAAAAAUCCAAAGCCACACCACGCUGGUUAUGGUUGCUAUAUUGUAAUAUAGAGACAAAAUUUGAUUAGUUUUUGUUGCAUAUUUCUCUUCAAAUUUUGUGGUCGUUUCACAAUUUAAAUCAUUUUGAUAUAAUUUACUGAUGACCAACUUAAGUUUGAAGUAUUUGAUACCAAUUUCUAAAGAAAUGUUUGACCAAAAAAAUAUUUUGAAAUUGAUUUCUUGGGUUCUUUUAUUUGUCAUCAAAGGAAAAAAUAGCAUUUCUUAUGUCAAAUUUAUACAGAAGUAAUUUUUGUACAGAAUUUUUAACCCAUUUGUAAAUAAUAAAGUAGAUGUGGGUAAUUUUGCUUUCAUUGCUAGUCAUUGUUAAUUUUUUUUCGGCUUGCAGUUCAAAACUGACACAUCAUGUUAUGAUAUUGAAUAGUCCUGUGCAAUUCUUUUCAUUGCAGUUAUUUUAUCUUACAGAAUCAAGAAUUGAUGGUGUUAGGAAGUAAAUUAGAAAUCUAGUACAAAUACUUGUAAUGACCUAGUAAAGUUGAACUGUGCAGAAGGAAGUUUGAUAAAACUAGUGCAGUAUAGCAAGUUGGAAUGUAACAGGGAAAAGAAAUUUGUUAUCAACAAUAAUACUUUUAAUUUAUUUACAGGGACAUUCAGAGCUUGACACACGGGUGAAGGUUAAUUCAUAUUUUUGUUGUGUCAUUAAAUAACACUUUUAUCCAUAAUAUUCUAUACCGGUCAUUUGUAAAUGCUUUCUCUUGUAUUUUGUUUUUUGAAUUCUAUGUGUCAUAAUACUUUGUCAAGAACUCUCGUUUUUGUUAUAGAUGUUGGAAGAAAUAGCAGUACAUUUUUCUCUCGGAAUAUAAUACUUUGUUGUUUGUGUAAUCUACAAAUAAUUUUUUUGACAUUUAAGUAAAUCUAAAAGUCUGCAUUAUUUCUACAUGUCUGUGAAGAAAAAUCUUCUUAAACAUAGUCCUGGUGAAAAAAGAAUUUUAUAUAUAUAUAUAUGACGCAACUAGUUUCUGUAGUCAGAAAGAUUGAUAAUGAAGACUGUGAUAAUAUUGUGUGUAACAUUCAGUAAAUCCGGGGCUAUAGCGGUUAGAAUUCUUCAGAUAUCGAGGUGUUUCUGUUGUACUAUCCCCCCCCCCCCACUUCAUAAAUCAUUAUUUUAUUAUUUGUCUGUGGAAAUAAAAACAAAAAGAUUAGUUCCUGAAA